AUGUCCUCGACUCGCCAAACUCCCAAAUCAGGAGCGGACAGAAAGGGCAAAAAGACGCUGCGUCUAGAAAAAGCUCAUCAAGAAAAGGAACAGGGCAAUGAAGCCUUCAAAAGAGCCAAUUAUCCCAAAGCUGUAGAGUACUAUGGCAGGGCUAUGGACUUGGACCCAAAAGAGGCUGUGUACGUGAUAAACCGAGCUAUGGCUUAUUUGAGAAUGAGGGAAUGGGAUAAAGCUGAAAAUGACUGCACAACAGGCUUACAGCUUCAUCCAGAUAAUGUGAAAGCUCUUUGGAGACGAGGAAUCGCCAGACGGGAACAAGAUAAACUAAAAGAGGCCAAAAAAGAUUUAGAUCACGCUUUAGAAUUAGAUCCGAACAAUCAAGCGGUAAAAAUUGAAUUGGAGAAGGUUUUGAAUGCUUUGGGCGUGCAAAAGGCGGAAGAGUCCAAUUCUCAGACUGAAAUAUCUUUGCAACAAUCCAUUGGUGUCUCCCGUGAUGAAUCAAAAGAUGCGGGAAAAAUCCCACGUCGCCGAUUAGAUAUUGUCGAAGUAGAUGAUGAAAGUGAUCGUGACACUAUAUUACGAGAUAGCGGUGACGCUAAAACUAACAUCACCAAUAAUGAACUAUUAAAAAAACAGACCGAGGUUGAAUCAAAGGUACCAGACGCCAUCACGAUCAACCCAUCGAAAAUCUCUUUAAAGGAUCAAAAAAUCCCAACAGCAGCAGUAGUAAUAGACCACCACCAACAGAUAAAAAAACCCGAGCAUCUAUUAGAAAACAUCAAAACUCCACGUACGGCUAUAGAAUUCGAACAAGAAUGGCGAAAAUAUUCAAAAGAUGACGAGUGUUGUUACGCCUUUUUAAAGGCAAUUCCGCCAGCCUCCUUUCCAGACAUGUUUUCGGAAUUUUUUGAAGCUGAUUAUCUAUCACGUAUUAUUGUUAUUUUGAAGGAUAUUUAUUUGGUACGUGAUACUAUUGAUCUCGUGUACGACACUUUAUACCAUUUAAGUCAAGUCGGUCGAUUCCAAGUGGCCUUGCUAUUUCUGGAAAAUGAAAAUCGAGCAGGCGACACUGACCGAAUUGUUCCAGAAAAUGGUAUCCAAAUCGGAUGA